AUGCGAUCGGCGUUAUAUCUUCUCGUCGCUGCCAUCCUCCGGGCGGUUAGGAUUCUCGCCGUCCCAAUCCCGGCAACGCUACCGGAAGAUCAAGGGGCAGUAGCAACGAGCGCCGCAAUCGCGCCGCCGGCGGAGUUUACCCCGAACCCUAACGUUGGCCCAGGAUCCCGUGGCAGCUUUAAGGACUCGGCUCAUUUCCGCCUCUACAACUCUCCCAAUGAGGCCGGCACCGCUAUGGCUCUUUCCGUCCUCGAGGCUGUCUACGGCUGCUUUGUAGAGGACCUGGGGUGGCGCUCACCCGGUCUAUCUUUCAGCGCGGGAGUCGGCGACGACGGUCCAUGGUAUAAGCAGAACAUCUUCGCGGCUGCCAAUCUUGGUUCGGCGGGCGUCACGGUCCCUGAUUUCCGCACCGGCCUGAGCUAUAUCCAAAUCUCGACCGAUUACCUGCGAGGAGACGAAGCUAUGCCGGCAGCUGUCUUCUCCCACGAGUACGGCCAUAGCUUGACAAUGGCUGAGAGGAACUGGAAUUUCGAUCUGUGCGAGCCGUCAAGAGGGAGACACGGCCGAAAGAGGACGGAAACUGAGAUUAACCUACGUAAGAACAUCGGUGACUCAUACCAGACCAUCGUCGAUGCGGUCGGCAACAAUGCCAACUUCUACCAGGCUUGGCCGUUCCUCACGUACAUGACCUACAACCUCGACAAUAUGGCCGGACUCGGCACCAACACCAUCCGGGAGAUGGUGCGCCAGUACAAGCAGGGAGAAACUCCUCUUCACACGCUUUCGCGCAUAGCCACCAACAACACGGUUAGUGAGAUCGUCGGCCGCUACUGGGCCCGCAUGUCUUAUGUCGAUAUUGGCCACCCUACGGCGCAGCCACUCUUCCUCGGAAUGCGGAGCUUCCUGAACUUUGCGAACUACGACUCCGCCGGCACCAACACCUGGAGAGUCAAGAGUGCCCGAGCGCCACGAUACAUGGGCUCCAAUAUCACCCCCCUGAAGAAGACGGGUGCCGUCACUGUCGAUAUCUCUAUCGACGCCGGCCAGGCCAUCUUUCGCGCUACGCUCGCCGUUCGCAACACUAACUCCGGUGCGAUUCGCUACGUCACCCUAGUCGACGGGAAGGGAUCUGCUUCGAUCGAAACCAACGAGGAGGCAACAUUAGUAGUUGCCAACGCACCCACUACUCUAAUUGUCUACGACCCCGCUAACCUGCAGGGCAGUCCGGCCAACAUAGGCAUGCCAUACACGGUGACCAUGACUGGUGCCACUUUCUAG